ACACCCGAUAGCAAAAUACACUGGAAUCGAUACAACUUUUUUUCUCCUGUGCACCAUUACGCACGGUCAUACGCACACAGCGCUUGUUGAGACAUUUUCGCCAAACUGAAUUCCAAACAUUACAACUGACAAUUUCAAUGUGGCACAUUGAGCACACACUAAUAUGUUUAGUAUUCUGCAGCCUGUGGGAUACCCAACAUGCAUUUGACGUCGUGCGUCAACUUUUGUGAUGCUUACGCGCACACUGCGGCUUUUUAAGUUUCUUUCUGCACAUCAGACGGAAAGGUGCGAUCGUGGAUAAGAUGGAUUCAGAAAACAGGGAAUAAAAUCUUAUUAUAUAGGUCAGAUAUUUUGGGAAUUUGCCUGCGGUGCUCCACGUGCGUAAUGAGGAGUAUGGCUGUAAAUAGAAGAAUUAAGGCGCCGAGGCUUUAUGAAGGGAUGGAAAGCAUGUCAGUGUAGUUUAUCCUGAGGGGGCUGAGGAAGGGAAUUACUCAUUGCUCACACUAACACCGGCACGUGCGUCUAUGUCACCACCGGAGGGGUCCCCAGAUCCAUGGAUAAAACGGCACAGAAGGCAGCAGAAUGGUUGUUGUGAGAGCGGAUAACGGAACCUUCGGCAGCGGCAACAUGAGGUCGUCGUUCAUGAUAGAGGACAGAGCCGGUGGCGGAGAUCCCGGGGGCUCCACCAACAUGAUGAUCUCGGAGGCUCUUGCGCCCAGGCUGCUGAAGAUUGCGCAGGACGCCGCAGAGGCUGCAGUAGCUGCGGCAGCAGCGACUUCUCCGUCCACCUCCAGUCAGCCGCUGGUCAUGGAGACGAACGGGACCCGGUGCGGCGAGCAGAUUCUGAGCUACGGCCGUGUGGAGAAGGUCCUGAUCGGCGGUGUCCUCACUAUGCUCACGCUGUCCACCAUCUGUGGGAACUUACUGGUGGUCAUCUCCGUGUGCUUCGUCAAGAAGCUGCGCCAGCCAUCCAACUAUUUGAUCGUUUCCCUGGCUGUAGCGGACCUCUCUGUGGCUCUUGCCGUGAUGCCGUUCGUCAGCAUCACAGACCUGAUCGGCGGUCAGUGGAUAUUCGGACAGUUCUUCUGUAACGUUUUUAUUGCCAUGGAUGUGAUGUGCUGCACCGCGUCUAUUAUGACUCUAUGCGUAAUAAGCAUUGACAGGUAUUUGGGUAUCACAAAACCCCUGACUUAUCCUGUCCGUCAAAAUGGUUGUUGCAUGGCCAAGAUGAUCCUGUCAGUGUGGCUUCUCUCUGCCUCCAUCACCCUCCCCCCUUUGUUCGGUUGGGCGCAGAACGUCAAUGAUGGCAGAGUGUGCCUCAUCAGUCAGGACUUUGGCUACACAGUGUACUCAACGGCUGUGGCCUUCUACAUCCCCAUGUCAGUGAUGUUGUUCAUGUACUAUAGGAUCUACAGAGCAGCAAAGCUCAGCGCUGCAAAGCACACCAUAACUGGCUUCCCCAGAGAGAAGGAGCAGGUUGCAGGGGUGGCUCCUCGAGGGGGGAGAGCCACACACGAGGCUAAUAGGCCAGCAGAGUCUGGAGAGACUGGAAGUGUGGAGGGGACCGAGGCAGACCAGGAGGAAGAGGAUGAGGAGAGCCUGGACUGUGUGUCUGCAGCGUUGAAGCUCCAGCGUGAGGUGGAGGAGGAGUGCAGCACACGUGUAUCCCGCCUCCUUAAGAGCGGCGAGCACCACCAGCGCCGGAAGCGGAAAAACCAAUCCAUCUUCAAACGGGAGCAGAAGGCAGCAGCCACUCUGGGCAUCGUAGUUGGUGCCUUCAGUUUCUGCUGGCUGCCGUUCUUCUUGGUGUCCACUGCGAGGCCAUUUGUAUGUGGCAUCGAGUGCAGCUGUGUUCCACUCUGGCUGGAAAGAACUCUGUUGUGGCUGGGCUAUGCCAACUCACUUAUUAAUCCCUUCAUUUAUGCUUUUUUCAACCGUGAUCUGAGGACCACCUACAGUAACCUCCUGCGGUGCCGUUACAGGAACAUCAAUCGGAAGCUGUCGGCAGCUGGCAUGCACGAGGCUCUGAAACUGGUGGAGAAGCCAGACAAUGAUGUGUAAAGCUGUUCAUCCGCCAAACAGUGGUGCUGCAGAGACUAAAAGCCUAUCUAGGCAUCUGUGGCUCUAACCACCAGGCUGUCAGACUGCUUGCUGCUCCAAAUUUGUCAACCCAGUCACCAUAAUAACAUAUUGGCAUCAUACAUUUCUGCAAACCAUGUAUACUGUAAAUGUUAGUGAGUGAAAAACAGGGUUAAUAUUAACAUGUCUGUUUAUUUAUUUAUUUGUUAUUGCCACUUAAAGGUGCAGUAGACAGAAAUCAGAAACAGGCAAAAAAGAGAGAAAAAAAAACUGUUGAAUUUAGACACAUCCUCCUCUUGCAGCUCUACAUUAGGUGUUUGAAGAGAGGUCAUAUAAUACAUCCAUGAGCUCUAACACUCUCCUUCACUGUUCCUUAUAAGUUCCCCUUUCACUGUAUCACUGACCUAUCACUGUCUUCUGUCAUGGGCUAGAAUUGUCCUCUCAGACCAUUUGAAUUACACUAUGCUGAACAAAUAGUGUGGAAUUUAUGCCAAUGACUACGAAAAAUAUUACCCAUUGUAACUUUACUCCAGUAGCUUUACAACGAUGUGUAUUUCAAAUAAAGUGAAAAAAAAACAAAACAAAAAAAAAACAACAACAACAUCUUUUUCUCUUUAUUUUUUGCUUAAAAAAUGAAUGAUUUUGUCACCAAUUUUAAGGAUAGCUGACUUUGGCUUAAUAAGAUAACUCAGCUAUUACCAAGCUAGAAUCCCUAAGCUAACGCAAUUUGCAUCAUAUCCCACUAAAGGAAUAUGAUUGUUGUCCUUAGAUCAUUUUCAUCCCUACUUCUAUAUUCCAAGAGUGAGGCCAAUAUCUACAAUAAAUAUGUUUUUUAUUUUCCUUGUAAUAAACACAACUUCCAUACAUGUUGGUAAAACUGCCAGUGGCUAGAGCCUGACUUGUUCUCAAUAAAAAUCAACAGAGUUUGGUUAUAUGUAAGACUAUUUAGACAUUUUGUAGUAGAGGCUGUUUACAGUAGUAAAAGCUCACAUGAAGUAAUGACUUGUUCACACAAUAAUAGUUUUGUAUGUAGUUACAAUAUUUUAUUUGUGAACAAGAUUCAAAAUAUCUUACAUUCUGGGACUUGAUGGGUUCCAUAAUUUCCUGACCCUAACUAAAGCAUUUUAAUUCCUUUAAUCCUAAAAACAGUCUUAAACUAAUUGGUAGUAUGUCUAAUUUCCACUCCAAUCACUUCUUAAACUCUGAUUAAAGUAAAAAGGGGUAAAAACACACCAACAUGGUGGUGGUGGCCCAGUUGGACAUAGACACAACAUUUGUAAUAUUGCCUCAAUAUUGUAAUAUUGAUGUGAAAUGAAGCUAUCAAGAUGUGAUUGAAGUGUGGAUUUUCAGCUUCAAGUCAGGUUAUAUGUAGAUAUCUUGAUAUGAUGUGAAUGCUUCAUUUAUGUAAUGUGUGUCCAUGUUUUGCAGAAACAUACAAUAGUAACAUUUUUGCCUGUGACUGGGUUGACUUUAUACAAUGGUUGCAAUGAAGAGGUGGACUGCUGCUGCUAAUAAAAGAUGCACAUGAAGGCACAGAGAUAAAAAAAAAAAAAAGAGUUAAUUUUUUUUCUCCUGGGAAUUAUGAAACUGUAGUUCCCUGGUGUUGAAUUCAAGUUAUUCAAACAGUAGCUGCUGCUGUACAUGAGUUUAAUUACAAGAACUGAAUGAUAAUUGCCACCUGUCAUCUGGUGAAGUCCUACAAUUGUAAAGGCUGCUGCCUUGGUACUGAUACUGACUGCAGAACAGUCUUUUGCACAUAAUAUUGCUACAAAAGCUAAAGGAGCUUAAAAAAAAAAAGUGACUUAACAUGUGUCUCAAACAUCUCAAAUUGAUGAAAAUUUUGUUGUUGCGUGUUUUAGUAUUUUCAGUUUGAGCCAAGGAAAACCUUUCCCCAGAAACAAAAAAAAUGGAGGAGUUCUUGGAUCUCAAUCAGCCCAUGAGGCAAAAACUUUUAAUAUAUCCACUGUGGUCCCUGGUUAAUGCAACAACACAAGUUUUUCAGUGACUCUAAAUGUUGAGGUUGGUUUCAAUGGACAAGCAUGGGGAAAGUAGAGUGUAACGAUUAAACUCACCUGACAUGUAAAAAUUUGUACACAAAUGAAUAGUCACUCUAAGCUGAUGGGACAAAACUUCUGCCAGAGGCUAGAAUAUCUGUUGUACUUCAUAUGAGUUACUAGCUUUUUGAAAUUGCCUCUUUUUUGUCAGUAUCACUAUGUGUUGAAUGUGUCAGGACUUAGUCUCUAGUUACCACCUCCUUCCUAAAAAUCUUUUAUUAAACAAUCUUUUAUGUGACGAGGCAGCUCACUUAGAAAAAAUAAGUAAAUAUAU